UUCAACUCGUAAACAAAAUGGCGCUACUUGUUAGGUUGACAGCUUGUGGAAGAUCAGGUUUCCUGCGGCAGACAUGCAUAAUCAAGCCCACUUCACAAGCAAUCGCAUUCAGCAAACCUAACCUCAAUUCUCUAGUAAAAAUGGCAAUCCCCAUGUCAACCCAACAGUUAAAAGCUGAAGCAGAAAUGGCCGAGUUCUGGAAAAGGAAUGUAGAAAUAAAAAAGAGACCACUUUCACCACAUUUAACAGUAUACAAACCUGAGUUAACAUCCAUGCUGUCAAUUUGCUUUCGUAUAUGUGGAAUUGCAAUGUCUGUGUCUGUUGCUCUGAUGAGUUGUACUCUAUUAGCACUACCACAUGACUUCCCACAUUAUGUGGCUGUUCUGAAGGACCUCCAGCUUCCUUCAUCGGCGUACUAUGGAAUGAAGAUGUUCUUAUGUUGGCCACUUAUAUACCAUGGGAUGAAUGGAUCACGUCAUUUGGCUUGGGAUGCAGUAUGGGGAUUUGGACUGAAGACUCUUUACAAAAGUGGAUGGACCGUGUUCGCUCUUUCAUUCAUCAUUGCCGCAACAGUUGCCUCUUUACCAUGGAAAUAAACACUAAGUGCAGUUCACAGUUAAUGUAAAGACUCUAGACUCAUAUGUAACAUGUACAUACAUAUUAAUCUGUCUGUUCUUAGAUAUGUACCUGUAUCUAUUUGUUGCACCUUAUGAAAGAUACGGUUACCAUGGUGACAGAUCAGACCUGGUUUAUGCAUCAUUCUGAAUUAUGUAUACAGUGUACGUUAAAGCUUACUGAUGACAGAACCUAAUAACAGAAGAUUCGUCUCAGGUACCUCAAGUGUACUAUUAUAAUUCUGGUUACAUACUGUCGCAAUGUAUCUAUUACGUCAUUGUCUGCUUCUCGCACAUUUUCAUUAUCAGAAAAGAAUUCCUUUCAGAAGUGACACAAUUCAAGUUUCUUCCUUGAGCAAAUCAAGAUGAUUUUAUAGAUUUUUGCGCUGCAAUAUACAAUAGUAUAUACAGUACAUACAUCGUAUAUGUACAUGUACAUGUAAAGGGGCUUUAGUAGCUUGUAAGUGUAAUUUAACCUACUAUUCUUGACUCUUAAACAUACUCAUUUAUUACAAGGGAGUAUACAUGUACCAGCUAGUAGGCACAGUUUUUGCCAAAUAAAGUAUUUAAAUGUUA